AUGUCCCAGCAGAACCCCAUUGGCGACCUCGUCGUCUUCGAGAGCACCAAGCUGCCGUCCGUCGGUGAUAACGACGAAGUUAAGGAGAAGGAGGAUUACUUGGGGGAGAAGGGCAACUCGUCGCCAUCGCUUCACGCGCCGUCUCUGAAAGAUGGCCUCAUACACGGCCGAACAUUGGUCGACGGCGAGUGGAGGGAAGUGUCCUGGACUCUGGAGGAACAGCGGCGGGUGGUUCGAAAGGCCGACUUCUUCCUUCUCCCGCUUUUCACUCUUGGGUUCUUCUGGAUGUCUCUGGACCGGAGUAACGUGUCUGGCGUGCUUACCUCGACAAUCAUCAAGGACACGGGCAUCACGCAGAAUGAAAUCAACAUCGGCUCGUCUCUCCUCUGGCUCGGCGUUGUCCUCCUUGAAAUCCCCUCCAACGUCGUCCUGCAACGAGUCGGCCCUCACCGCUGGAUCCCACUCCAGAUCAUUGUCUGGGGCCUAGCCGAAACGCUCACGUACCUUGUCAAGAACCGUGCCGGGUGGUGGACUGCGCGACUGUUCCUUGGGAGUGAGCCCGCGUCCCCGGACAUGCUGACACCAAUGCUCGAGUCUGGCUUUAUCCCUGGAAGCCUGUACACUCUCAACUCAUGGUACACCCGUGACGAGCUCACCAAGCGCACGUCAAUCUUCUUUUUCGGAAACAUCCUGUCCGGGGCCUUUGGUUCCCUCAUUUCUGCCGGGUGUAUCAAGCUUCACGGGAAAGGAGGGCUGGCCGGCUGGCAAUGGAUCUUCAUAAUCGACGGCGCUGCGACCAUCACAGUCGGGUUCAUCCUCCUCCUGCUUCUGCCCAAGUCCCCUCGCGAGACUGCCGGUGGCAUUCGCCGAAAGGGAUGGUUCACUGAACGGGAGGCCGACAUCUACCUCGCGCGUCUGAACAACGACGACCCACUCAAGUCCAAAUCCGCCCACCUCGCCAUCGCUUGGAGCGACAUCUUCAACGUCCUCGGCAACUGGAGGCUGUGGCCCCAUCUUAUCAUGUGCUUGUCUGGUCUGCAGGCUGGGCAGGGAGCCGGUGCUUGGUCGGGAACCAUCUUGCAAAGCCUUGGGUUCACCGCCAUCAACGCCAAUCUGCUGCUAGUUCCAGGCCCCAUCUUCUCUGGCCUCUCGUCCAUUGCCUUGGCCCACUUUGCCGACAAGUGGGACCGUCGUGGUUAUCCCAUCCUGUUUGUCUCUUUCUGGACGCUUGCUGGGUUGAUCGCGCUCUAUAAACUUCCCAUCCUGUCUGGCGGCAACUGGGGCUUCUACGCCGCCAUGGUCGUGACGGCGGCUGCUCCCGUCUGGCAGUCGUACAAUGUCACUUGGGUGGCCCUCAACGCACGUUCCCCAGCGGAACGCUCCAUCACCUACGCUGUAUACAUCGGAUGCUCCAACCUUGGAGGGGUCUACGGCAACCAAGUCUUCCGCCAGAACGACAAGCCUUUGUACCGUCGAGCAUGGGCCGCGGUCCUCUCCCUUGGCGUCAUCUGGACCGUCUUUACUGCCCUCCAGAUCGUCCAAUACGAGCUGUCCAAUCGCGCCAAGGAAAAGAAAUGGGCGCAGCUCACCAAGGAGGAACAAGAGGCAUAUGAGGCAGAGAAUUCGAACGAACCGAUCAGCAGGAGGCUGGAUGCGCGCUACGCUCUCUAG